GAUUGGCGGGAAACCCCGUGGAUUAGCCCGACCGACAGCCCGUGAGGAUCAGCUGAGAGCCGCGGUUAGCUUAGCUCAGACAGGACCAUCGUUAUUCCCAGACACUCAGCACUGAGCAGCCAUGGACAAGAGCGAGCUAGUGCAAAAAGCCAAGCUGGCCGAGCAGGCAGAGCGCUACGACGACAUGGCAGCCGCUAUGAAGGCUGUCACUGAGGGUGACAUUGAACUGUCGAACGAGGAGCGCAACCUGCUCUCGGUGGCCUACAAGAACGUGGUGGGUGCCCGUCGCUCAUCCUGGAGGGUUGUCUCCAGUAUCGAGCAGAAGAUGGAGGGCAGUGACAAGAAGCAGCAAAUGGUCAAGGAAUAUCGGGAAAAGAUCGAGAAGGAGCUGAAGGAGAUCUGCAAUGACGUACUGGUUCUUCUGGACAAGUAUCUCAUCCCCAAAGCGACCCCAGCUGAAAGUAAAGUCUUCUAUCUGAAAAUGAAAGGCGAUUACUUUCGCUACUUAGCAGAGGUGGCUGUGGGAGAGGAGAAAAACGCUAUCAUUGGCAAUUCGCAGGAGGCCUACAAGGAUGCGUUUGAAAUCAGUAAGGCAGAGAUGCAGCCCACACACCCCAUUCGUCUGGGUCUCGCUCUCAAUUUCUCCGUAUUCUACUAUGAGAUUCUCAACUCGCCCGAACAGGCCUGCAAGCUCGCCAAAACAGCUUUUGAUGAGGCCAUCGCAGAGCUCGAUUCACUGAAUGAAGAAUCCUACAAAGACAGCACAUUGAUCAUGCAGCUACUGCGGGACAACUUGACACUGUGGACUUCAGAUAACCAGGGCGAAGGCGAAGACGCCGAGGAGGGCCGGGAAAACUGAGUCUGGCUCUGUCCGUCCUUCCCCCUGUCAUUCACCUGCCAUCAUUCCAGCUCACCAUCAAACACUGAGACCACCUCAUCAUCCACCUCUGUCUCUUUUAGUUCUUUUACUCUCGCGCCUUCCUUUGCUUUCUUCCUUCCCUGUCAUUGUGGGGUUUUUUUCUAAGGAUUUGUGUAACGGGAGGAGGGUGGGACGGGUUAAUUAAGCGGGGUGGGUGGGCACUCGGGAUGCGUUGGGUCGGGACGGGGGACUGGGAGGGGAUGAGGUUUUGUCUGCCUUGUUUUCUCCGUGGGUCGUUGCUUUAGCGUGGAUGAAUGCGGGUGAGGGCAAGUUCUCAGCUCAUGCAAAGUUGCAAGUCAAACCCUUUUGUUAUUCGUAUACUGUAUGUAAAUCUCAGUCCAGGGGUCUGUGCGUUUGUCGUACAGCUGCAGUUUAGCGUCUGCAUUAUAUAAGCCCUUUUCUUCGAGUAGAAGUGAGGUUAGCAGUGCUAGUCUUUAGCUAGGAAAGAAGCAACUGUUUGCUCACGUCCUGUAAAAUGAUGGACAAAAGAAAAAAAGGUUACAUUCCAUUUAUUGUCAUUUUCAAAUCUCCAAUUCCAGGAAUUUGGUGCCCUGCAAAUGGCAUUUAUAUUUUUCCCCGUUAAUCACGAGGUAUGGAGGACCCAAGAACAAAGAGCACAUAAGCUUGAUGCUGUUACUGUAUGACUGUACAAGCCGAGUAGUUGGAUAUACUAGCGUAAUUUUGUUUUUCCAGGUAUGGUUUGUUUUAGUUUAUUUAAUUUUAUUAAUUUUUUUUUUCUCCAUUGAUUUCUUUUGAUACUUGCCUAAUUUGCAUGUGGCUAUGAAGUAGUUAAUAUGGGGAGGAAAGGGAGAUCGUGGGCCGGCUAGCUUUGUGUCAUGUCUCUGGAUUUUUUUCAUACAGAACACCCAAGCAUAAAUGUUAUUUGGAGGGAAAAUAUGUAAUUUCAUGUAAGUGGAUUAAAAAUAAUUUAACACAA